AAAAAAAAAGGAAAGCGUGAGAAGAGGGAGAAGAGAGAGAGAGAAACGAAGACUGGGGAAGAAGAGGUCUUCGACUCUUGGUGUUGUGGAUUUCAUUCGAUCUCUCAGCAAUCCAUCCUCGAUUUAGGAAUUCGAGAAAGACUUAGUUAUAGUUUAAGCAGUUAUCUGAUGUUGAACAUUUAGGGCAACUGGCAAGGUUGUGCUUUUGUAUUGGAGUCGGAAAUGUUGGAUGCAAAGUACACCGGAAUUAUAGGUCUAAACAACAAUGAUAACAACUACUACGAUUUGUCUCAAGUCUUUUACCACAAACUCCACGAGGGUGAGGGUACAAACAUGUCCAUGGACAGUAUGCAAACCAGCAUUGAUGGAGGCUCUGUUGCCAUGUCCAUAGAUAACAGCAGUGUUGCUUCAAAUACUAAUGAUUCCCACACUCGCAUCUUGAACCACCAAGGCCUGCGCCGACGCACUAAUGACAACUACUCUGUUGCACAAAGCGUCAAUCGCGGAAGAGUCACACAUGCCCUCAGUGAUGAUCAACUUGCCUGUGCUCUGAUGGACAGCAAUUCCGUCACAGAGGGGCUUCAGAAUUAUGAGGCAUGGACAAUUGACUUAAGAAAGCUAAACAUGGGUGAAGCUUUUGCACAGGGUGCUUUUGGGAAGCUGUAUAGAGGCACUUACAACGGCGAAGAUGUUGCUAUCAAGAUUUUGGAGAGGCCUGAAAAUGACCCAGAAAAGGCUCAGAUUAUGGAGCAACAGUUCCAACAGGAAGUCAAGAUGUUGGCUACAUUGAAGCAUCCAAACAUAGUGCGUUUUAUCGGUGGCUGCCGUAAACCGAUGGUUUGGUGCAUUGUAACAGAGUAUGCUAAGGGUGGUUCGGUACGUAAUUUCUUGAUGAAGCGGCAGAGCCGGUCAGUUCCAUUGAAGUUAGCAGUGAAGCAAGCUUUGGAUGUUGCGAGGGGGAUGGCAUAUGUCCAUGGUCUCGGGCUGAUUCACAGGGACUUGAAAUCUGACAACCUUUUGAUUAAUUCAGACAAAUCAAUUAAAAUUGCUGAUUUCGGGGUUGCCCGUAUUGAGGUGCAGACAGAAGGAAUGACACCGGAGACUGGGACAUACCGCUGGAUGGCUCCGGAGAUGAUCCAGCAUCGACCGUACACUCAGAAAGUUGAUGUUUACAGCUUUGGGAUUGUUCUUUGGGAACUUAUAACAGGGAUGCUCCCGUUCUCGAAAAUGACAGCGGUACAGGCCGCGUUUGCAGUUGUCAAUAAGGGUGUCCGUCCUAUCAUUCCCCCCGACUGCUUAAGUGUUCUCAGUGAGAUAAUGACGAGAUGUUGGGAUGCGAACCCUGAUGCCAGGCCGCCCUUCAGUGAAGUGGUAAGAAUGCUUGAGAUUGCAGAGACAGAGAUCAUGACAACUGUGCGGAAGGCUCGAUUCAGGUGUUGCAUGACCCAACCAAUGACAACUGACUGAUGCCAAAAGAUAAAAUUGGAAAAAAAGCAGUUUAUUAUAAUGAAAUUGAAAUGAGGAAGAAGGGGUCAAAUAAGGUUGUUAUAUGUAGCCUUCUGUAUUUAGCAGGUUUCAGUUCUUUCUUAAGAUAGAAAAGGGAUGUUUUAUUCAAAAACAUAUUUGGUUUUGAGAUCUCUAUGUUAAUGAAUUUCUGUCAUUGAAUGAGUAAUAGAAGAGAAGGAUUGAUAUG